CAACCGAGACGCCAAUCAAACCCAAAAUCUAUCUUUUCCCGCCUGCUCGCCCUGAAAGCAGCAGCUUUAAAUACUACGUGACUACCGCACCAGGGAAAAUUCACCUCACACCCUCACCCAAACACACAGCAACCUCCCGCGCAACAUCUCCUACACAGCCCACCAUGCUCGUCUCCUUGACAGUUGGCAAGGUUGACGCAGGCGUCACUGUGCUGCUGACGCCUGACAAACGUCUCAUCGAAUUCCCCUCCAUCCUCCUUCCCCCUAAUAUCUCCUCCGGCAGCAUCGUCGACAUCAAUGUUUCGCAAAACACCGCCAAGGAAUCCACCGAAGAGCAAAACUUCCGUGCUCUUCAAGAACGCAUCUUCGAGUCCUUUGGCGCCGCUGAGCCUGCCACGCCCGUCCUCCGCUGCCGAAAUGCCACGCAGACCUCCGUCGUCCUCGAGUGGGAUCCUGUCGACCUAGCCACCGCCGACCUCGUCUCGCUCAGCCUCUACCGCAACGGCCAAAAGGCAGGCAACAUCCCCCGCCCUAUGCAGAUGCACAGCACCAAGAUUAGCGGUCUCGCUGUCGACGCUGAAUACACCUUCCACCUUGUCCUCCGCACCACUGCUGGCACACGCACCAGCGAAAAGGUGACUGUCCGCACGCAUAAGAUGACCGACCUGAGCGGUAUUACGAUUACAACAGGCAUCAUGUCUAGUGCUGUAAAGGAGAAUCUUGCCCAGGCUGUUGAGCGCAUCGGCGCCAAGAUUGUCGAUACGGUCCGCAUCGACACUACACAUUUCGUCACAACAGAAGGCAGAGGAACAGCUUGGGAGAAGGCUGUAGAGACCAACAUUCCCGUCGUGCGACCCGAGUGGGUGGAAGCCUGCGAGAAGAAUGGCCGUAUUCUCGGUGUCACCAAGUUCUACCUGGAUGCCAUGCGUCCUGGACCACCCAGCGAAGAACGACCUAGCCCGCCCAUCGUACCCAAGAAAGACGAACCUGCUCCCGUCCCCAAGAACGCUGGCAGCGAUAAACCCAAAGAGAGCGAGGCGCCCCCUCCUCCAAGCAAGGAUGAAGAGGAAGAGGAGGACGACGACGAUGAAGACGAAGACGAAGCACAGCAACCCGAGCCGAAAGUUAAGUCACCACACCCCGAUGAUCAGAAGAUGCGCUUAGAGGACAAGACGGAGCAAAAGGUAGCUCUGAGACCCAGCACGUCGAGCAGGCCCUCCGACGCCGCCCGCACCGAACAAACAGAAGACGAGGAAGAUGACGAGGAAGCAGAGGAAGAGGCAAAUGGCAAGAAGAGCGAACCCUCAUCCGAACAGGACGGAGCCUCGUUCCAAGAGGUUGAGCUAUAGAUGGAAAUAGAGUCUUAGGCAUGGAGUAGAUCGAAAUUAGAAAAGUACAAAGAGUAGAAAUGGAUCUCUUAAAAGCAUGGCUUUUUUUCAACCAAGUAAUACAGAUAUUAUCGAGAAACGGAUAUAUUUUUGUUCGCUAAUGCUAUGCCCAAAGCAAAUUCAAUAAUGAUACAACCUGAAAUAUUACUUUAUAUCUGUCAAACGCGCCACCCAAAUUACGUAGCAUUAAAUGUCCCGCGCAAAAAACGAUCUUUACAUAGCAUGUACAGGCUUGCCGCGUGUGCUGAAUCGCGACGAAGGAACUGGCUGCUGCUGUCUCGUCUUGGCCUCGUCCAGCAGAUCCCUCAUGAGUGGCUCCAUCGCGCCCAUGCCUGUCAAGUCUUCGACGAUGCUGUCCUCAGCAUUGUCCCAAGAUGCCGCACGUUGGCGCUGUGCCUUUUCUGCGCGCUUGCGGCCGCUCGAGACUUUGCCGACACGACACUUCUCCUCGAUUGGCAGCCCACGGCUGGUGCUGGAGGAAAUAUCGUCAUCGGAUGCCCAAUCACGACCCAUUUCUUCGGCGUGGCGGUCAUUCAUGUCGUCCAAGAGCGGGAUGAGAGCCUGCACCCAAACGUCUCCGUUGCGUUCAAGGCGUCGAAGGCGUCGGUCCAUAUCGAGCAUUCGGUGAUCUCUGUAGGCUUCGUAAAGACGGAUGAUUUCCAUCUCUGCGUCUACCCCAGACUCGUCAUAUCUAUCAGCGGGAACAACAGCGCGAGACUUCGACUCACGAGCCGAGGCUGCACGCUCUCUCUUUUUCCUCUCCUGCUCACGCAUUGCGUUCCAUUCUCGGCGUCUACUGAGGGAUGUACGGUCUUGGAAUCCAUAAUGUUGUGCGGGUGAGCUGCCGGCUGACUGUGGAGGGGUAGGGUUAGCUGUGCAUACUAGGGCCUUUGAUUCGUUCAGAUCUAGAUGCGACGGCUGUGGCGAAGUGCUGCGAGUGAUAUCGUCGACCUUUUCCCUGUCAGUUUCGACAACUGGCUUCUCCUCAGUUACAGCAGGCUGAGCCGCCGGUGUCUCAUCUCCUUCGGGCUGAAUGUUGGCUACCACCAUGAUGGCACAAAGAGUCGGCUGUGACUUGGUCUCGCUCUCCUCGGUAGUCGCUGGAGUGUCACCGCUUUCUUCUUUCUGUUUCUGCUCACGCGCUUGCUUCGCGGCCUCGAUGUCUCUACGCUUCUUCUCACGGACUCUGUCUCGGCGGCUGACAGAGGCGUUAGAAGUGUUGGAGGCUACAGAGUCUCGAGCAUGAGUUACCACCGGGCUAUCAGUGGUGAGCCUAAUGAUCGAAUUCUUCUUAGACUGUCGUCGCUCAUCAGCCAUAGCAUCAUCUGAAAGGCUGGAAGAAGACUUCGCACGGAGUGACUUCGAUGAGAAUGAUACUGGUGGCCCUUCACGGGUUCCAGAGCGUCUGCCAGUAUUGCUGCGAGCGAAGGGACUGUCUUGAGGUUGGGCUGAUGCGCCUGUAGAUUGAGUGAUGAUGUGAUCGAUCGAGUUCGCUGGAUGGUGGGCUAAGCGAGUGGCCGCAAUGCUCGAGCCCCGAGCAGGAUAAGCAGCUCGUGAAAACUCUCCAGCAGGUAGCGCGGUAGAGCUGAUGCUGCGACGACGUUGCUCCUCUGAGUCCGAAACUGAGCGCUUCUGCAGCAUUGGCCGCUCCGACAGCGGAGGAAGUGGCUUGUUCAAGUACUGUGUUGAUUCUCGCUGCGAUGGAGGUCGUAGGGGCGAUGUGGGACGACUGGAAGGCGGUUUAGGGAAUUGGGAGAUAAAACCAGGAGAGAAGGGCGGGUGAGAAGAGAGAGGACUGGGAUUGAUUGGUGCCAGCAAUGUCGUUCGCUUGGAAGUAGAAUUUUCUCGAACAACAGUCACUACUCCUUUCUCAUUGACAAAGGAACGAACUGGUUCGUUCGAUACGGAUGUAGUCUCUUCUUGUGUCUUCUCUUCUGGGCUCUCUUCUUGGCCCUCAGUAGGGUAAACAGGGUAUUGCGAUCGUGGUCUCUCGCCAAACGGAUCGGCCGAUAGAGGGAUAGAAAUGGCGAUAUGGCGAUGCCCACCAAUCGUAGUUCCAGAAACAGCAGAGUCUGGAAGUCGAAUAGGGUGGGAAAUUCGGCCGACUGACUUGUUUCGCUGCUUGGAGGUCUUUCGGAGCUUGUUCCAUUUGCCUCGCUCCUCUUCGGCAACGGUCAUCAAGUUGCUUGGAGGGGGCUCGUGGUUGCGGAAGAAUUCAACAAGCGCAGCGACAUCUUCACGACGACGGUGACCCAUAACGCCGUCAUCUCUGUCGUAGCUAUCGUGUAGGUCGCCUCCCAGAUAACUUGUUCGUGUAGUCAUCAGGUUCGACGCAGAUUUAGGUCGGAUUGAGCCAUACCCAGAGUCUCUAGGUAGGUCCAGAUCAGUGUAACUUUGUCGGGUCAAUUUCGAAGGGUGCGAUGCUAAGGGUGAUGGGUGGUUUUGUUGAGGGGGGAAGAUCUCAAGAUUGGCCGUAAAACGGCGGCGCUGACUGAGAGUUGGCGAAGCCAUGAUCGUCAACGAUGCGCGAUUAGUGAGAAAAUAAAUGAGAGCGAUUGCCUAGAAAGGCUAGUAAUAGUACACAGGCUUCUGGGAUUCGAACCAGGCGACUGUACUGUUUCUAUUUGCUGAGCCACCUACUCCAGAAAGGACGUCUGGGGGCGCGGUUGAAUAAUGACUGGUUUCGUCGUAGCGAUCGAUUUCGUUAGGCUCUGACAAAAGCAGACUUGUUGCAGUAAAGAUAAUUGAGGAAGCGACUAGAGAUGUCGGUAGGAAAUAUGGUCGGAACAAGGAAGGAAAAGAAUCUACAAUGGAAGUGAAUGACAGAGCCUACAGAGUUGUUCCACAGGAACAAACAAUCUGAGGAUAUAGAGGCGAGUAAAACAGAAAGGAAAGGAAGCACACGCUAAGUGACGUUUGCUGAGCCUGUCAGAAAGGAAAUAAGACGAGACGAAAAACGGGACGAGGAAAACACGACAUCAGAAAGUUUGUUCGAACGGGGGAUGGUGUUCCAUAAAUUAGUUCGAAGCUGGGAACAGGGGGCCAUAGAGAUCGACGUUGGCUUGCGGAAAAGCUUCUUCGGUGCACAAGUGUGCCUGCGUCGGGCUAAAUUGUCCAUGCCCCAUCUCUCCACAGCUCGUAGUAAGUGCUGGGGGAGCAUCAAAAAUGGAUACAGACCAGUUGUUAACGAGUCGAGACAAUAUCAGGUCACGGUAGGUCACCGGUUGGGGCCAAGAACGAACGGUAGAUUCCGACCACAUCCUGUUAGACAUGGUGCGCUGCCUUACGGACAAGACAUUGUUCUCGACAAAGACGCUCAAAGUUGGAACCUAAUCUGACGACAGCGAGCACAAGUC